GGAAUGACCUCCCACGCGCACGCGAAGACGAUCUGCACCGGAAGUACCGUUUCCAGCGCGUUCUCUGCAUUGCAUCUUUUAAGGAGCUACAGCUUGUUCGCUCCGUCCCCAGACUUGUGCAGAUACGAGCCAUGCAAUUCUAGAGACUAUACCUUUGGAGAUCCGGAUGUUUUAGCAAGUUCUGGUGCAAGAGACAUUGCAAUUGGCCGGACACCAUCACCAUUGACAACUUCACCGUUGUCUGCGGGGUUCUCGCUUCCCGGUUCCUUGCUUCAACCUCCGUUCUUAACGAGUGUGCCGCCAUUAAUGCAAUCUAUAAGUGUGCCACAACCAUUUUCGAAUAUUAAUACAGGUGGCGUGGUAAACCGUCAUUUUUUGGGCACAAACGGAAUCGCAAAUUCGCAACGGCGACCCAGGAGCGAGAAGAAACCGAUUCCUGACGAGCAGAAGGAUGAGAAAUAUUACGAACGACGUAAACGUAAUAACCAGGCUGCGAAAAAAUCUCGAGACGCUCGAAAAAUUCGGGAAGACCAUAUCGCGUUAAGGGCAACGAUGCUGGAACACGAGAACGCAAUUUUAAAGGCACAAGUAUUAACGCUUCGAGAGGAGGCGCAAUCUCUCCGGCAUAUGUUAAUUAAACAACAGGCGACAGGAUUGCAAUCGAUUCAACGAUCGAUCACGUCUAUGACACCUGUUACAUUAACGCCCCCACAUUCCACAUCACUGGACUGUCAAAUCUAAAAUCAAUUCUUUCUAAUAACUUGUAGGCGAAUUUUUUAAAUAACGUAAAUUUUGUUGAACUAUUGGAUUAUACGAGUGUUUAGCAAGAUAUAAUGACGAAGUACAAAAAUUUAUCGACGAUGCAUAGCUCUGUGACGAUAAUGGUUUUUUGAAUUCGUUCGUUUGUUUUUCGAACGAGGUUAAAGGGACGUUUUUCAAAACGAUGUUUCCUUUGUUAUCCGUUUAACUAAUCUAUAUGUUAACGUCGUCGACAAACUCGAUUAGAAGUUAACUCGUCGCAAGUUGGAAGAUUUCGAAUUCGCACGAUAAAACACGUGCAAAAUAUCAACACGACACUUCAUGAGAGAUUUUGAUUUUCCUGAAUUGUAUAGUCAAUUUGUAAAUAGGCGAACGAUGUAUUUAUUUUAUAACUGU